CAACUGAAUCCGUUCCAACUCUCUUCAUUUGUUCUCAACUGUCAUUCAUCUCUGCACACCAGCGAUUAUUAUACCCUAGAAAUGGUUGGCAUUAUUCAUCUAAUCAGGGAAGCUGAGACUGUGACUUGCAAGAACGGUACUCAAAAUGAAGUUUGCACCUUCUGCAUACAUAACAAUGAUGGUGAGAUUGUUCAAUGCGUUAUGUGGGGCGAUACCAUUGAUAGAUUCCUCGAUCAGCUGUUAGUGCACCAUGUCAUUCACAUCGAUGGAGCCUACCCAAAAUUUGUGAAGGAUCAGUUCAAUUCUGGAACAGUGCCCUAUGAAUUAAUUGUCCAAUCAAAUACAGAAAUUACUGAUUUGGGAAAGAUUCAGGCCACACAGCGUUCUCAAUCGACUUCUCCGGAAAUCAUCCCUCUGAUUAAUCUACCAACAUGCAAGAAAAUCGUUGCUAUCAGAGGAUUUGUGGAAACUCCUUGGGCUGUCAUAGAAAAACAAAUGGAGAGUACAGGGAAUACUUGUUAUGGAUCGAUUGCUGCUCAAAAAUAUUUUGUCGAUGUGAAAAUCAAUGACUUUCCUGCCAAAUUCGUCUGUCCGUAUUCGAAAGGGCAGCAUGUCCAAUGCGUUGGAAAACUGAUUAGAAAUGGAAACAGUUUUUUCUUCAAUGUCCAAAACUCAGAUUGCAUUUCUCUUGUUGAUCAGACAAUGGCAACUCUCAAAGAUCUCUUGUUAUGCCAACCAUUGGCUAAUCUCAAUUCAUCCACUCUUCACUCGGCUGGAGGUUCGUCUCAACCAAAGAAAUUGAAGAGGAAUGAAUUAUUUGCCAAACGAUUCCCUAAAAAAGGUUAAAAUCUGACAAUGAGGAUUACUUUUCUCUAUUUAAACAUAUUAAGACAAUUAAUUUCCUUUACUUAAAUAUCAUAAUUACUCCUUCAACACUAUAAAAAUACAACCGGAUGGACUGGUAAUGUUUAAAACAAUAGAUAAACAAUAAUCAACAAGUAGAUGGAGUGACAACGAUACGGGACUGAUUGCUUCGAAAUAUUCAACCAUCAGUUGAACUAUAACUCAUUCAAUUUCAAUUUCAUUAAAUAACCAUUCGAAUUCGAAUUAAAUUAAAGAAAAGAUAACAACAAAAAAUUCUCUUGGUAAAAAAAACCCUAAAACCCUAAAAAAUUCCUAAUGAAAAAUUCCUCGUAAAAAAGGUUUAAUGGUAAUAACAAACAGAAUAGAAUAUCAACCAUUAAU